CCAAAUACAUAUAUUCUGCAUUCCAUCUUCAUAAAAGAAAAAAACAAAAGAAUUAUUACAAUGUUGAAAUCUCAAGGCCUUGGUUCAUCCAUAGGGGUGGCGCCGGUGACUCUCCGCCAUAUGCAGACAUCGUUGGCACGUCGUCGCAACAUUGAUGGCAGUGCUUUGGUUCCUUACCAGAAUAAUAAUGAUCUCCAAAAGAAACUAAGAGGGAUUAAGAUCAAGAACAAUGAUAAUAAUGGAGGUUUGAGAUUGAUGUCUGGGCCGAGUGGAACAAUCAAAGCAGCCUUAGCAACAGCCACUGAACUAACCACUAGUGUCAUUACAAAAGUUGUUGUGAAGAAGAUCACAGGAGAAAUCACUUCAUCCACCAUUAUCAAAGAAAACCAAUUAGCCACUCAAAAAGUUCUCCAGCUUGGGUUCGCCAGCAUUCUCACUGAUCCUAGCACUGGAGCAGAGAAGCCCCCCAUUAUGGUUCAGGCAAAUUUGAUACAUGAGGAUGUGGUAGAAGAAAUUUAUGUAGCAAAGUUGGAGGUUCCCUCAAAUUUUGGGGAGAUUGGGGCUGUCAUUGUUGAGAACUUCAAUCAAAAAGAGAUGUUCAUCAAAGAAGUUGACCUCGAUGGCCUUACUUCUGGUUCACUCACCAUCCCUUGCAACUCAUGGGUUCAACCCAAGACCGUAGAUCCCACACAGAGAGUCUUCUUCACCAACAAGUCAUACUUGCCAUCGCAAACUCCUGCCGGACUUAUAUCCAUGAGGGAAGCAGAGUUGGUGAAUUUACGAGGUAAUGGUACUGGAGAGCGUCAGAGUUACGAUAGAAUAUACGAUUAUGAUGUGUACAAUGACCUUGGAGAUCCCAACAAGAACGAGGAUCUCAAAAGACCCGUUCUCGGUGGCCCUACCCGCCCUUAUCCUAGACGUUGCAGAACUGGUCGUCCACCUUGUCAAACAGAUCCACAAUCAGAGCAAAAGGCAAAAGGAAGCAUAUAUGUCCCUCGAGAUGAGACAUUCUCUGAUAUAAAGCAGGCACAGUUCAAUGCAUCAACUUUGUUGAGUGUGUUACGAACGAUUAUACCCAAUCUUCAGGUGCAUUUCGAUCGAAAUGCUGGAUUCCCAAACUUCGAGUCAAUUGAUGCACUUUUUGAUGUUGAUGGUUUCAACUUGCCCCCUCUUGAAUCCACUACGUCUUUCAAAGAUCUUUUACCUUGGAUUUUCAAACUCAUCUCUGAAACUGGAGAAUUUUUCCUUCGCUUUCAGAUUCCUGAACCUAUGGAUAGGAAUAAGUUCUUUUGGUUGAGCGAUGAAGAAUUUGCAAGGCAGACUCUUGCUGGUCUUAACCCACACAGCAUCCAAUUGGUCACGGAGUGGCCGUUAACUAGCCAACUCGACCCUGCUGUCUAUGGUCCUCCUGAGUCCGCAUUCAAAACCUUAAAUAUAGAUCGCCAAAUUGGCUCCAUGACAGUUCAAGAGGCAAUUGAAAAGAAAAAGUUGUUUAUUUUGGAUUACCACGAUCUUUUGUUGCCAUAUGUCCAACCAGUGAGAGCCCUUAAAGGAACAACCCUUUAUGGAUCAAGAACAUUGUUCUUUCUCGACGAGGAUGGAACACUUAGGCCAUUAGCGAUUGAGCUAACACGACCACCUAUGGAUGGAAAGCCUCAAUGGAAAAGAGUUUAUGAACCUAGCGAGAAAGCCACUAGCCUCUGGCUUUGGAGAUUUGCCAAAGCUCAUGUUCUUGCCCAUGACGCUGGUUAUCACCAACUUGUCAGCCAUUGGUUGAGGACUCACUGUGCUGUAGAGCCUUACGUUAUAGCCACAAAUAGACAAUUGAGUGCAAUGCACCCUAUCUAUAGACUUCUACAUCCUCAUUUUAGGUACACUAUGGAAAUCAAUGCAUCUGCUCGUAGUACUCUUAUUGAUGCAGGUGGAAUAAUCGAGAGCACAUUUUCACCUCUUAAGUAUUCCAUGGAGUUAAGUUCUUCAGCAUACGAUCUCCAAUGGCAGUUCGAUUUGCAAGCUUUACCGGCUGAUCUAAUUCACAGAGGAUUGGCUGAGGAGGAUCCAACUGCUUCACAUGGUCUGAAAUUACACAUUAAAGAUUAUCCUUAUGCUAACGAUGGUUUGAUUUUAUGGGAUGCUCUAAAACAAUGGGUGACAGAGUAUGUGAAUCAUUACUAUCCAUCCUCGUACCUUGUAACAUCUGACACAGAGCUCCAAGCAUGGUGGAAUGAGAUCAGAACAAAGGGACAUGCAGACAAACAAAACGAGCCAUGGUGGCCAGUUCUCAACACUCCUCAAGAUCUAAUAGACAUAGUGACAAGCAUUGCUUGGGUGGCAUCAGCGCACCAUGCAGCCGUGAACUUUGGGCAAUAUGCAUAUUCAGGGUAUUUCCCAAACAGACCAAGUAUAACAAGAACCAACAUGCCCACGGAAGAUUAUAACCCUACUCUUUGGAAAAGCUUUUUGGAAAAGCCAGAAGAUUUGCUGCUAAAUUCCUUCCCUUCACAAUAUCAAGCAACACAGGUAAUGUUCACAUUGAAUGUGUUGUCAAGUCACUCUCCAGAUGAAGAGUAUCUUGGUAAGAAUAUGGAGCCAUCGUGGAACGAUAAUCCUGCAAUAAAGGCAGCAUUUGAAAGGUUUAGUGCAAGGCUAAAAGAAUUGGAGUUGAUAAUUGAUACUAGGAAUGUUGAUCCCAUCUUGAAGAACAGAACUGGUGCAGGAGUUACACCCUAUGAACUUUUGAAGCCAUUAUCAGGACCUGGAGUAACUGGAAAGGGUGUUCCAUAUAGUAUUUCUAUUUAAUCGUUUGAAAUACUAAAAUCUAUAAUUAUAUGUACCAGACAUUAGUCUAUACUGAUGUAUUCUAUCGUAUUGCAAAUGCAAAUAAAUGCUUUUGUUGUUGUUUAA